AUGGAUGCAGAGAAUCAAUAUCUAGACAGCCACCCACUGACGUUAGCUCAGCCUGAAACUGGCAUGCAGCGCGUAGCUCGAAUGGCGGGAGAAUUGCGUCGAAGCAAACGUCAAGCGCGCGAACUUGCAAGAGCUGCAGAUCCUGAUCACCAAGCUCGGAUCCUCGCAAAGCGCGCUCAGAGCUUCGACCCGGAGCGUCAACGCAUUAAGGAGGCCCGUAAAGCCCGCCAGCGUGAAAGAGCAAAGGAUCCCCAGCGCGCGAAAAGUAAGGCUAUGAAAAAGGUCUACCGCAGCGAAGCAAAAGAAGCGCCCAAGAAUCGCAUACGAGUUUCAUGA